UCUAAUAAUCUCUCUCUCAUGUCUCAGCUGUGUUGAAAAGGGACCUUGUGAGCAAUCCUGGAACAAUGCAUGCCACCCCACCUUGCCCACAAAAAAAAAUAAAUCCAAUCUUUUUCCCCUCUCUCUCUCUCUCUCUAAAAACCACCCAACUCGAAACCACCAACGGUUUUCCACAACCAUCAAAUCAGAGCCCAUACAAACCCCAAAUCCUGCCUGUCUCUCUCAUCUGCUUUACCCCCAUGAAAGAGAUGAGAUCUCUAAGUGGUUUAGGCAUUGGGCUGAGUCUGGUUUUUGGGUUCCUCUUACUUGCCCUUUUUGCAGAGCUCUACUACGUUUUAUGGUGGAAGAAGAGAGAAAAUCACAGAGAGCUGGACGAGGAAGAAUACAGUAGCUCUGCAAGAGAAAUGCUCUACCUUCUUUGCUGGAAGAAACCCCAUUCUCUCUCCUCAGAUACUCAUGAUACUUACACUGUAAUGAGAGAAAAUAGGAGCCUUGGGCCUGAACCAGACCCCCAGAUUCAGUUACAGUCUGCCAUGGCUGGGUUGAGCAAGGAUGUGUUGGUAAAACCAUAUGGAGAAGAUGGUAUUGAGACUGAGAUUAUGAGGAUCCACAACCUUUCAGGACCCCCAAGGUUUCUAUUCACCAUUAAAGAGGAGUCCAGAGAAGAUUUGGAGUCAGAGGAUGGCAAAUCUAGGGCUGGAAGGAGCAGGAAAGGGUCUAGGAACAAGAGCUUGAGUGAGAUUUUGGCCACUGUUGAAACCCCAUUUGAGACCCCUCUCUCUUCACCCAAGUUUCUCACUGCUCCAUUAGCCCCCAUGGACCAUAACCACUGUGGUGUCUCUUCACCUGGGUGUUAUCCCCGUGGCUUCAAUCCUUUGUUUGAGUCUUUUGGGGAGGCUGAAAUCAAUAGGGUCAGGGCAUCACCACCUUCAAGGUUCAGGUUUUUGAGAGAAGCAGAGGAGAAGCUGUACAGGAAGAAACUGAUUGACGCCCAGAUGAAGAUGAUUAAUGGUGGUGUUGCAGAGGAAAAGGUGGGCAAAAACCCAUCUAUUGAAGUUCAAGCAAAGCAUAUUAAUGGUGGAGUUCCAGAGGAAAAGGUGGGCAAAAACCCAUCUCUUGAUGCUCAAACAAAGAAGGUUAAAGGCAUGGUUUCAGAAGAAAGGGCGAGUAAAGUCCCAUGUCUUGAAGCUCAAAUGAAGAAGAUUAAUGGUGGAGUUUCAGAGGAGAAGUACCCAUACCCUGUUCCUGGUUCAUCAAGUGUGGUUUCAAGUGAGGAAGAUGGAAAUUUCAUUACAAUUAUAGUUGCUAAAAAUUCAGAGCAUUCUGGGUCUUCACAGGCAUGCUCUGGAUCUUCACAGGUGUUGCCAUUAAACAGUUCUCCUUCAAGUGUGAAGCUUUGUCAUUAGACACAAGAAAGAGAAAGAAAUCCAGACAGAGAGAGGGAAGGAAGAGAAAACCCAAGAACAGAGAUGUGGGCUGUGUUUCUCAAGAUACUUAUUGAAUUGGGCCUUGUUUCUCCACUGUUUCAGACAUGUAAAGAGAGAGAAAGGUUACAGAAAGAGACAGAGAAAAAAGGAGAGGGAUACAUAACACCAAGAAGAGAGAUGUGGGUUUUUGGCCCUAGGGUUUUGAUGAUUUGGGCUUUGUUUCUUCAGUGCUUUUUCUAUUGGAGAAGCAAACAUGGCUUGCUUUUUUUUUUAUCUCUUUUUCUUGGGGUCAAGAAAAUUAAUUGAAAUUGGAGAUCUCUUGAUGUGUGGUGGUGGAGGAUAUUAUCAAUUGAUUUUAUGGCAAUUAUCAUUGCACUGUC